GCAGCAACAGCAACAAACAUCCAGCCACCCCUCCCAUAUCCACACAGCACCGCAGAUCGGCGAGAGCCAAUGGCACGCGCGGGUGAUAGGGAGGGAGGGGGGCUGGAAGGAGGAGGAGGAAGCCCGCGCCGCCUCGAUGUGCCCCCGAGAGAUGCAAGCUCCUGUGCAAUUGGAGCCACCGAGAGAAGAGAGCGCGUGAGCGCAUAGGAGAGAGGCAGGAAUAUCACCAGUGACACACAUCAUCACAACACGCGGAGCCGUCGAGCGUGCUAGGGAGGGAGGGUUGCGAUUACACGCGCCGUGUCAGUGGCGGCAGUAGUCGGACGUGCAAGGGACGACGCGCCGUAGAACAGAGGUCGUCACAUUUGUUCGCUGCUGCUGAGAGAGUGGACGCGGCACGCCGCUCCCGUCCGCUCUUUGCGAGGGGCAGCGAGGCGCAGCACAGGCUGAGCGAGCCUCCCGAGUGCCGUGCGGGGGAGCGAGCGAUCGGCACGGGCGAGGAAGGCGUGGAGACGGUGGGAACGUGCGGGUAACGUGGCCACGGGUAACCGCGUCGCUUCGCCUGGGUCGCUCCGUAUGUCGUGCGGAGAUGUUCGCCAAGUCACAAUUCGUCGGGAAUUGUGACAUCGCACUCUGCAAGGAGGAGGGAGUCCUCUUUUGUGAUGCCGAUAACAUUUUCCUUCCCUUGGAUCCAGCUCCGUUGUUGGGGACGUCCGGAAUGAACUGCGUCCACCGAAGGAACCAAGUCAAGUCCCUGGUAUCGGUCCCGUAGCGUUGUUGUGGAAUGGGUAAUCUGCUAAAGGUCCUAUCCAAGGAUAUUGAGAAUAUUCCACGCUUUUUCUUGGAUUUUGAAAAUGCGCAGCCCACCGAGGCGGAGCGGGACUCGUGGCAGCAGGUGAACGGCGUGCUGCAGCAGAGCGAAGGCAUCCUCACCGAGCUGCAGGCCUACCGCGGGGCCGGCCAGGAGAUCCGAGAGGCGAUAUCCAACUCCAACGACGUCGAGCUGCAGGAGAAGGCGUGGAAGGCCGUGUGUCCACUUGUGGCCAAGCUCAAGCGCUACUACGAGUUCUCCCUCUGCCUGGCGGAGGCGCUGCGCAGCCUGCUCACGGCGCUCACCUGCCCGCCCUGCACGCCCACGCAGCACCUGGAGCGUGAGCAGGCGCUCGCCAAGCAGUUCGCCGAGAUCCUCCACUUCACGCUGCGCUUCGACGAGCUCAAGAUGACGAACCCAGCGAUUCAGAACGACUUCAGCUACUACAGGCGCACGCUGAGCCGCAACAGGAUAAACAACACCUACCAAAUCGCGGAGAACGAAGUCAACAACGAGAUGGCGAACCGGAUGUCCUUGUUCUACGCCGAGGCCACCCCGAUGCUGAAGACCCUCAGCGACGUUACCACGAAGUUCGUUUCUGAAAAUAAGACGCUCCCCAUCGAGAACACCACCGACUGCCUCAGCACCAUGGCCAGCGUCUGCAAGGUCAUGCUGGAGACUCCGGAGUACCGGAGUCGGUUCACCAACGAGGAGACGGUGUCCUUCUGCCUGCGGGUCAUGGUGGGCGUCAUCAUCCUCUACGACCACGUGCACCCGGUGGGCGCGUUCGCUCGCAGCUCCAAGAUCGACAUGAAAGGUUGUAUAAAGGUGCUCAAAGAACAGCCUCCGAACAGCGUGGAAGGUCUGCUAAAUGCACUCAGGUACACGACGCGACACCUGAACGACGAGAACACGUCCAAGCAGGUGAAGAGCAUGCUCCAGUAGGGGGGCCGGGGCGGGGGGGCGCGCACGGACGGACGCCGCUCCGCCCGGACGGCGCGACCAUCGGUGGCGGUGAGGGCGGCGCGUCGUCCACGUCGUCUGAGUCGUCCGAAUCGUCCGAAUCGUCCGAGUCGUCUGAGUCGUCCGCAUCAUCCCGUCCCUGCGGAGGCCUCACCGGACCGGGCGGCCCGGUCGUGGUGCCGCACGUACAACGCUGCCGCCACCGCCGCCUCCGAGAUGCUGAGCCCCGUUGCAUGGCCGCGUGAAUAUUCAUGUUUCCCCGUGACAGCCCCCUUGUACGAGUAACGGAACACGAUCGGAUGGCGGAGGGAAGGCAGCUUUAAUUGGUCGGUGUAAAUAUUGGCGCGGAGGGCCCAAUUAGUGAAUGCACUAUCCCGCUCCGUCGCUGGGUGCACGCGUGCCCCAUUCCUCGUCGCUCGUCCCUCCGAUCCAGCGCUCCGCGGGGGAGGGGGGCGGUAGCGUCUCCUCCAGUUGUAGAGGGAUUCGGGAGUCUCCGCUGGACUGAGCGACCAGGACGGAGCAUAACCCUCCGGUCGUGCCAACAGGGCCGGAUUUAGGAAACCAAUCGGGGACAUUUUUUUGAGGGCCCAAACUCCAGGGGACCCCAUUGGAAGGGAGGGGGGGAAUAUAAAGUUGGACUUAAUUCAUCAGGUCGUUCUAAUACGAGAAUGAUGCAAGUCAAUAAACCUGCUCUUGCUAAGAGCUUUCCAGUUAGGUUUUGAUGUCAUCUGUGUCCCCAACCCUCCCGCGUCACGCUCAGCCCCCUCUCCCCCCAUAGUGGGGGUUGUGGAUUUUGUCCCUGUGUGUGUCUAUGUCUAUGUGUGUUAUGUGUCUUUGCCUCUGUGUGUGGUGUCUUUGGGUGUGUGUGUCUUUAUCUGUGUGUUU